AUGGGUCUAUUCCAGAAGCUCGCUCUAUUCCUGGGAAUUAGGAAAAAGGAGGUAAAUGUUCUGGUCAUCGGAUUGAAUAAUAGUGGCAAAUCGACUGUGAUUAACCAUUUCAAAAAUGAUGAGGAUAAGGCCUCGGAUAUCGUACCCACGGUCGGAUUCAGCAUCGAAAGAUUUCAAAAUCAAAAUUUGGCGUUUACUGCCUUCGAUAUGUCCGGUCAUGGUAAAUACCGUGAUCUUUGGGAACACUACUACAAAGACUGCCACGGAAUCAUCUUCGUCGUGGACAGCAGCGACAGAUUGCGCUUGGUCGUGGUGAAAGAUGAACUGGACAUUCUGCUGCAGCAUCCCGACGUGUGCAAUCGAAAAAUUCCGGUGCUCUUUUUCGCCAACAAGAUGGACUGCAAGGAUGCGCUCAGCAGUGUCAAGAUUGCCGCAGGAUUGGGCAUGGACAAGAUCAUGGACAAACCCUGGCACAUAUCUGCGAGCAACGCGUUGACCGGCGAAGGACUGAACGAGGGUGUAGAAUGGCUCACACAGCAGAUUAGGGAGUACAUUGUUAACAACAAAUUCUGAUCAUCAUCUUAUUAAUA